AUGUCUUUCAACCUCAGCGAACCAAACCGCAAGAUCCAUGCCGGCGUCAUUCUGACCAAGGGCGUCACAGAGAUGAUUGACGUCGCACCUUUCGAGUUUUUCGCCUUGGUAGACAAGAGUGCUUGUGAGAUGUUAAACUUGCCCCGGGAGAUGUGGAAAGACGCGAUCGACGUCGAGCUCCACUGGGUCACCGAGGACGGGAAGCCAGUCAGAAUGAAGAGCGCUGCCCACAUCCAGCCUACUAAUAUGCAGGACUCGUUCGAGUCCUGCCCGCCUCUUGACAUCGCCCUGAUGGGUGCCCAUGGCUUCGAAUAUAAGACUAGCGAAGCCGAGAUUGCCUUCAUCCGCAAGGUCUGGGACGAAUGCAGUGCCUUCCUCACCAUCUGCGGCGGCAUGAUCCCCCCCAUGGAAGCAGGCAUCCUCACGGGCAAGACAGCCACCGGUCCCCGUCCCAUAAUUGGGGCGAUGAAGGAGAAGGUGCCUUUCGUCAACUGGGUUGAGAAGCGCUGGGCCCAUGACGGGAAGCUCUGGACCUCGAGCACGUUGCUGAAUGGCACCGAUAUGAUACGUGCCUUUGCCGAGACCACGUGGGGCGGGAAGAGCGGGAUGAUUGAGGCGCUUCUUGAUGCCGGGGGCUACCCGGUUAGAGACGUAGAUUUCAAGGACUCGAAGGGACAUCAUUACACGAUUGAGGAGUUGAAAAUUUUCAAUUGA